AUGGGCUUGGACAACGUUAUUCGUGAAGGGCAUCCGAGUGAGCACCACCCGCCUUCCAUCCUCGACAUACUCAUCCUCUUCUCCAUAAUCGAGCUAGCCAUCUCCGCCUGGCUCACUUCGCAAUACAACUCCCACCACAACUUCUCCUCGGGCACCCUCCGCGCACGCGUCACCUACACCCUCUUCGUCUCCGUCUGGACGAUCGUGCUCUCCUCUGCGUUCCUCGGCCUGUUCUUGGUCAGGGCGGGGAACGUCCUCGUUAGCGUGAUGGGGCAUUUCGUCUUCCUAUUCGUAACCUGGAUCCUCUGGCUCGCCGCGAGCGCAGCGCUCACCGACACACUGGGCGGGACGAUCAACUGCGCGACGCAGAGCGUGUUCGUGCACUGCGGACAGCUGAACGCGCUCCUGGUGUUCGCAUGGCUGAUCUGCUUCGGGUACUGGUUCGGGUUCGGGUUCGACACCAGCAUCGGCACUAAACCACACCGCCCUUUCCCACUGAAGUUCACCCCCAUCUCACCCUCAUACGUCCAUGGGGAGGUCGGCGCACCAAAUGGAACACCAGAGGGCGGUGGAGAAGGAAAGAACGAACGAGAAGGAAAGAAUUUACUGAACACACCCCACUCUCCCGAGAUCUCGCCCGUCACUACGCUCUUUACCACCAACUAUCCUCCAAACCCGCAAGAAGAAGCUAUCGCGCGCCAGCUCAUCGCAUCCUCCGAGGCCCAGAUUGCACGAGUCGAUAGGUUAAUCGACCAAGUGUCCGACAUACUGGAAGACUUGUACUUUCGUCGUGCAGAAUAUGAACACCAUGCGUACCGGCACAGGAACAUUAUCAGCAGCAUCCGUCGUAUCCCAUCCGAGAUCUUGGUGGAGAUCUUCCUCCAGGCCGUCACCAACGGCGAUCCUAACGAUAUAUGGGCAUUAGUCGAGCUCUCGUGUUCGGCUCCCUUAAAUCUGAGCAUCUUCCGUGGACGAUCUUCCCCAGUCUAUCCACUUCAAGUCCUGAUAUCCCCUCAUUCAGAGCGGAUCACCCACCUCACCGUUUGCGAUCUUCUGCAAUCAAGCCGAUCAACGCUCUUUUGCUCUUCGAGUCCCAUGCUCUGGGAUGCUCUCAGGUCUCUUGAGCUACAAUUCCCGUAUGCCGAAUCUCUAGAAGCCCUCCAAAUUACUGUAUUUCAGCAUGCGCCUCUUCUCCAAGACGUCAACUUGAACUUCACCGACCGAAGGAACCCUGUCACCAGCAUAAGUAAGCUCCUUCUCCCCUGGUCUCAACUACGCAAGUUAUCCACCUCAAAAUUUACCCUCAAUUGUGUCUUUACUAUCCUUCGGGAAGCGUCGGUAUUGGAAGAAUGCUACCUUGAUUUAACUGAGCUGCCCAUGCCUUCCAACAUUCCUCAUCUAUCCCACCAAUCUUUGACGACACUCCAUGUUAGCCUGUGGUAUGGAGAGGACACCCACGAACCCUUUAACCGCCUCACUCUACCAUCGCUCCGCAAGCUCUCUGUGGAUGGAUGCGAUCUGGACAUCGUCAUCAUUUGCACCCUCAUCGAGCGGUCGUCUUGCAGACUCACUUUUCUAAAUUUCCCCACAGCCAAUCCCGUGGUGACCAAUGACACUCUCCGCCUCUUCUCGCUUCUCCCGGACGCGACCGAUCUCUGCAUUCCUUUCUCUUUAGUAUCUUUCGAGCAAAUUGGGGCCAUGUCACCAUCUACGCUCCUCCCCCAGCUACGCCAUCUCUCUCUCAAAGUCACUGUAAAUUCGCGUGAAACACCCGAUAUGCUAGCCCUUCGGAGUAUCGCAUACACGAAUGUGCCGCCUCUUGAAACGAUCAUAUUCACCACUGAAAGGAGGCACCUUGAAGAAUUGAUUCCUUCUUCGCCACAUGACGAAGACUCUCAAAUCCAAAUCCUCCAGCGAUGGGACUAUCAGCUGGAGGAGCUGAGUUGUUCUGACGACGGUAUUGGUGCCGUCAAGGAGGACAGCGUGUUUCUCCGUGAUCUGGACCGUAUAUUGUCCCUCAUGAUUACCGAAUCUGAGACAGGUACGUCUGGUGAACAUUUAUGCCACGAGACCGGUCGGAGCGUCUUCUCCAGGCUCCGAGGGCUGUUGGAGCAAGCACCAGAUAGCCUUUGCCUGCGUAUUUCCGCGAUUCUGGCUCUGUGGUCAGCACGAAUUCGGGAGUAUCUAACAUCAAUUGGGUGGAUGGAGAACUUAAUGGCGAAUGUUGUGGUGUACACGCGACGGCAGGGCUUCUAUGGAUACCUUACACUCUACAGCUCAAAUUAG